AUGCCAUUAUUUGGACUCAUAGUCUACCUUUUACUGUACGGAUCUUCUCCACAUUUGAGAAAGAUUAUUGACUUAGCCAAGUUCAAGGUUCCCAUUACCCGAAAUUCUGUAGACGCUUCGGAUUUCACCGAUGAGCCUGACGAGGGUGGAAUUCUGCGGCCAAAUGCAUAUACCGAUCAAAUGCCGCACUACCUGUAA